AUGGGGAAGCUCCUCGUCUGGCCGUGCAACCUCUGCGUGGCCGAAAUGUGCGCAUACCUACCGAUACGGGGGUCCAUCUUCGAGUUUGUCGAUCCGGCGUUGGGAUUUGCCAUGGGAUGGACCUACUUCUACGCGGGGGUUAUGCUCGUCUGUGCCGAGUACAGUGCCGUCGCGACGCUGAUGCAAUACUGGAAGAACGAAAACGCAACACACUCUUACUACGCUGAUGGAGGCCAUGCUGUAUUCCGGAUUCACCUGGGCAUUGUUUGCAGUUCCAGGGACAAGAGGCUCAUGGGCGCCAUUGAAGAUAAUGCCGCCGGGUCGGCUGCCAGUCCGUGGGCGAUUGGGACCCAGAACUUGGGCAUCACGGGGCUGCCCGACUUGAUCAACGCCAUGAUUCUCCUCUCGCACAUGUAUUGUGGUAAUGCUCAUCUUUACUCGUCAUCUAGAACGUUUUAUGGUCUGGCAAGAGGUAUGCCGUCUCGCUCUUCUGUUCACAAGACUUACACCCCGAGCAGAGACAAGCUGAUACUAUCCCCAGGUCAAGCACCCGGAUUCCUUGUCAAGUGGACCAAAUCUGGCUUUGCCAUCUAUUGCGUUGCCCUCGUCAGCCUCGUCACCUUCAUAACCUUUCUUGUGACGGCCAAAUCGGCUGUCCAAGUACUCAACUGGUUUGUUGAUCUCACCACCACCAGUCUCAUCGCUACAUACACUUACGUGCUAGUCAUAUUCGUCUUUUUGCAUUCCAUACAGUGCAGUCUUGUAUUUUGGAUGUAUGUUUGGAAGGGAACCGAGAUGGUUGAUCCGCGAACGGCGGACUUGGUGAGUGGCAAGGCCAAGGUUGAUGAAGAGUGUAGGGUGUAUUGA